AUGGCAUUCGUUACCGUUCUUGAAAGCAUUCGUGCUGCAUUUCCACCGCAUGACGACCUGUGGUAUGUGUUAACGGCAGCGGCCGUUUCAUCUUUGAACCACCCAGAAGACGUUGCACAUGUAUAUCAUUUUGUGGAGAAGGAGAUUGAUGGCAUGAAUGUAUCAGCAAAAGAGAAAGAAGAAGCCAAGAUCAAGGCUGUGAUGCGUUUGCGUGACGGUAUCCUCAAAAGUUACAUCGCACAUGGUUUUCCAAAGACAAUCAAUGGAUUAAAGCAACUAUACAAUGCAACUCCUGAAACGAUCCGAGAAAAAUUGCCAUCAUCGCCGAUCAGACGUGAGAGCACGUGGAACGAUAUCGAAGAACAACGCAAACGAGGACGAGGAUUGUGGGAUAAGAUCUAUGACCGACACACAGAACGAGUAGCCAAUGACAUGUACAAGUACUAUCCAGAUCUCGGCCAAGUCGCUUUCCAUCACUUGUACGGACCCGUUUUGUCCGAGACAGCUAUCCUUUCGGGCAAGGAAUCGAGCAUGGUGCUUGUCACAGGCUUGAAGGCGGAAGAUCUCGGUACCCAACUACGAGGACACGCCUAUGGAGCAUUGCAUCAAGGAGCCACCAAAGAGGAUCUAGCAAGGAUUGACAAUUUAGUAGUGAGAUUAUGUAAUUACUACCAUAUCGAGCAACCCAAAGCCAAAUUGUAG